AUGGUUCUUAUCUGUCCCCGAAUCCAUUUCUUUGAGAUCAAUGAUCAAUCCUGGUUCCCCCAAUACCUCCGCCUUAAAGUGCAAUCCUGCCUAACCCUCUGCUGGACCUUCCGCGUCCCCCUCAUCCAGCCCUCCUCUCCCGCCCAAUUAGUCGCUUCCACCCUCUCCCGCACUCUCUCCAACAAUGUCACCUCCUACACCUAUGUAGAUUUCUGUGCUGGGGCCGGCGGGCCCACCCCGUACAUUGAAAUACACAUGAAUGCGCAAUUGAACACACCCUUCUCCGGCUCAUCAUUCACCCCCUCAACCUCUUCAUCGCUCGCUCCCCACGAAGCCUCAUAUGUUGAAGUUGCUGCCACGCCAAUUGAUAAAACAUAUGGUCUAAUGCCACGGUCGCCGCGUCCGGUUAAUGGAGAUCAUGGGGGUGAUGGAAAGGUUCAGUUCGUGUUGACAGAUUUACAUCCGCAUAUUCCUGAUUGGACGGAAGCUUCCAAACGCAGCGAGAAUCUCUCUUUUGUAGCUGAGUCUGUCGAUGCGGCGAAUGCCCCGAGAGAUUUAUUGGAGAAUGUUGGUGGGGGAGAGAGAAAGGUGUUUAGGCUGUAUAAUUUAGCCUUUCAUCAUUUUGGGGAUGAAUUGGGUGGAGAUAUCCUGAGAAAUACAGUUGAGACUGCUGAUGGGUUUGGAAUUUUUGAACUCCAAGAACGCACCCUCUCCUCCAUAAUAACCAUGUUCGCCAUGGGCAUAAUGAUAAUGGGCAUAACACCCUUCUAUUUCUGGCGUUCACCGGGUCAUCUAUUUUUCACAUACAUUAUACCGAUUAUCCCAUUUGUAUUAGUUUUCGACGGGAUAAUCAGCUCGUUGCGCACGAGGAGUGCGGAGGAAGUGGAGGCGUUGAUGAAGAAGAGUGGAGGAGAUAUAAAUGGCUGGAAGGUGUUAAGUGGGAGGGAGAGACAUACUUGGCCUACGGGGUAUAUGACUUGGGUUAUGGGGGUUAAGGAAUAG